AUGGCUGUAAAUGGCGAAAAUAGUGAAUUUAUCUAUGAAGUCGACGAAAAAGGUAACAGAGUGAUUGUCAAAUCAUUAAACUCAGAUCAUCGCGUUUAUAUACGUUUCAUCAAUAGCCUCGUUACACGUCCAGUAGACGUCUGGUGGCGAGAUUUUCAAGGUAGAAGACGAUUUUAUAUGCGAAUGUUACCACGUACUUACUUCGACGUUACCACUUACCUGACCCAUCCAUGGGAAUUCAAGGAUCCUGCUACAAAUGAAAAUUUUCUAAUAAACAACAAGAAGAUUUUUCGAGUUCCUAGCAACUUAGAGGGCACGCAGCAUAGAACAAACUGGAUUAUAACAGUUAACGUUAGAACUCUUCGUGAUACUGUUCUGUUAGCACUUGCGCUACGCUUAGGAGACCUGUCAAAGGUGCCCUUAUUGGGCUUGCCACAAGAACUAUCCAAUGAUUUAACCACCCUCAUUAACUCUAUUCUGAACACACCGGCACCUCCACCUCGUCACGGAUGA